ACGACAAUGAUGAAAUUAGAAAAUAAUUGAGAAUAAAGAAGUAAUAAAGUCGAUGGUAUCAAAACUCAAUGAGAUAAGUUCAAGUAUAUCUGAAGUUAAAAGACAAAAUAAAAAUUUAGAGCACGGCCAAGAAAUACAUAUAAAUUUGAGUAAGAAUAUAGAAAAUAAAGUUGAUAUAUUAACACAAGAACAACUUAAAAGCCAAAAUAAAUAUUUAACAGGAAUAUUUUCAGAAAUAAGAAAAGGUAUUUCGGAUUUGGGAGAAGAUAAAACAUUAAUACGAUUAUCAAGCAGUAUACCGAAUGAAAGUAUAAAACAUUUUAUACAAAAAGAAACAUUAUUCAAGGAUAUAGGAGAAAUAUUUUCAAAAUCAAAUAAAUAUGUUAUUAUCAGCGGUUAUGCUGGUUCGGGUAAGACAACACUCGCAUCAAAAUACACCCAUGAACAAAGAGAUGAGAAUAAAACAGUUCGUUGGUUUAAUGCUGAAUCAAAAGAUUUAGUUUGGAAUGAUUACAAAAAUAUGGCAACAAAAGAGCUUAAAAUAGGAAAUGAAAUAAAUGAAAGACAAGUUAAUAUAAAUUUGACAUUCAACACAAUAGCCAAGUUAUAUUUAAAAACAGCAAAAUACCAUGAAAAUAAAUUUUGCAAUUUUGAAAAUUUACUAAAAUAUCAUCAGAAAAGUUUGAAAAUAUUAAAAACAUUAUAUGAAGGUAGUGAUCCACUUAUUGCAAAUUCAUUGAAUAAAGUUGGAUCGAUUCAUCAUAAAUUAGGAAAUGCAGAAAAAGGACUCGCAUACUUCAAACAAGCAUUAGAAAUGAGACGAGGCUUAUAUAAAGUCAAUCAUCAAGAUGUUGCGACCUCAUUAAAUAAUGUUGGAUGGAGCUACGCUACAUUAAACGAUGCCCAGAAAGCAUUAGAAUACAAAGUACGAGGAUUAGAAAUGUUUCGACAUUUAUAUACGGGCAGCCAUCCAGAUGUUGCUGAUGCAUUGCAUAAUGUUCGUACUGGUCAUUAUAGUUUAGGAAAUACUUGUACAGUAUUAGAAUAA